UGCCUACCUCUGGGCUCCUUCACCGGCAAAGUGGAAAAAGAAGCCCUUCAUUGCCAAUUCCACCUUCGGGGCUGGGGGAACACAGUGAACUAUACCUCCGGUCUCUGUUACCCACAUCUGGGCACUCCUGGAGGAACGACAACCUACAAGUGGUUCGAUGCUCUAGAAAAUGCCAAGGCUUGUGGCUGGAAAAAAAGAAAUCACAACCAUAUUGGAGAAGCAGAAGCUGGGGCUCUCAAGGAGCCUACUCUGUGGAGAAUGUUCUGCAGCCCUUGAGGCUCCAGUCCCAAUACCACCUUCUGAGAUGAUCUCCACUCCCAGAAUGCCCUUGCUGCUGCUCCUGCUGCUGCUGCUGCUGCUGAUUCUGGAUUCUUCAAGAGCGCAGGUCAACCCAGCUGUGUGCCGCUACCCUCUGGGCAUGUCUGGGGGUCACAUCCCAGAUGAAUACAUCACAGCCUCCAGCCAGUGGUCAGAGUCCACAGCCGCCAAAUAUGGAAGGCUGGACUCAGAAGAAGGGGAUGGAGCUUGGUGCCCAGAGAUUUCAGUGGAGCCUGAUGACCUGAAGGAGUUUCUGCAGAUUGACCUUCGCAGUCUGCACUUCAUCACGCUGGUGGGCACCCAGGGACGUCAUGCAGGGGGCCAUGGCAUUGAGUUUGCUCCCAUGUACAAGAUCAACUACAGUCGUGAUGGGACACGUUGGAUUUCUUGGCGGAACCGGCAUGGGAAACAGGUGUUGGAUGGGAAUAGGAACCCCUAUGACAUUUUCCUAAAGGACUUGGAACCACCCAUAGUGGCCAGAUUCGUCCGCUUCAUUCCAGUCACCGACCACUCCAUGAACGUGUGCAUGAGGGUGGAACUCUAUGGUUGUGUCUGGUUGGAUGGCUUGGUGUCUUACAAUGCUCCAGCUGGACAGCAGUUUGUACUCCCUGGAGGCUCCAUCAUUUAUCUGAAUGAUUCUGUCUACGAUGGAGCCAUUGGGUACAGCAUGACAGAAGGGCUAGGCCAGUUGACAGAUGGGGUGUCAGGCCUGGAUGAUUUCACCCAGACCCACGAGUACCAUGUGUGGCCUGGAUAUGACUAUGUGGGCUGGCGGAACGAAAGCGUCACCAAUGGCUACAUAGAGAUCAUAUUCGAGUUUGACCGCAUCCGGAACUUCACCACUAUGAAGGUCCACUGCAACAACAUGUUUGCAAAGGGUGUGAAGAUCUUCAAGGAGGUGCAGUGCUACUUCCGCUCUGAGGCCGAGUGGGAAGCCAACGCUGUGUCCUUCCCCCUGGUCCUGGAUGACGUCAACCCCAGUGCUCGCUUUGUCACCGUGCCCUUGCACCACCGCAUGGCUAGUGCCAUCAAGUGCCAGUACUACUUUGCUGAUACCUGGCUGAUGUUCAGUGAGAUCACCUUCCAAUCAGAUGCUGCAAUGUACAACAACUCUGGAGCCCUGCCCACCUUGCCUGUGGCACCAACCACCUACGAUCCAAUGCUUAAGGUUGAUGACAGCAACACCCGGAUCCUGAUCGGCUGCUUGGUGGCCAUCAUCUUCAUCCUUCUGGCCAUCAUUGUCAUCAUCCUCUGGAGGCAGUUCUGGCAGAAGAUGCUGGAGAAAGCAUCCCGGAGGAUGCUGGAUGACGAGAUGACGGUCAGCCUCUCUUUGCCCAGUGAGUCCAGCAUGUUCAACAACAACCGCUCCUCCUCAUCCAGCGAGCAAGAAUCCAAUUCCACCUAUGACCGCAUCUUCCCCCUCCGCCCUGACUACCAGGAGCCAUCCAGGCUGAUACGGAAGCUCCCGGAGUUUGCUCCAGGGGAAGAAGAGGCAGGCUGCAGUGGUGUUGUGAAACCCAUCCAGCCCAGUGGGCCUGAGGGAGUGCCCCACUAUGCAGAGGCUGAUAUUGUGAACCUGCAGGGAGUCACAGGGGGCAACACUUACUCGGUACCUGCCGUGACCAUGGACCUGCUCUCUGGGAAAGAUGUGGCUGUGGAAGAGUUCCCCAGGAAGCUCUUGACUUUCAAAGAGAAACUGGGAGAAGGCCAGUUUGGGGAGGUUCAUCUCUGUGAAGUGGAGGGAAUGGAAAAGUUCAAAGAUAAAGACUUUGCACUUGAUGUCAGCACCAACCAAUCUAUCCUAGUGGCUGUGAAAAUGCUCCGAGCAGAUGCUAACAAGAAUGCCAGGAAUGAUUUUCUUAAAGAGAUCAAGAUUAUGUCUCGGCUCAAGGACCCCAACAUCAUUCGACUCCUGGCUGUCUGCAUCACAGAGGACCCACUGUGCAUGAUCACUGAGUACAUGGAGAAUGGGGACCUCAAUCAGUUCCUCUCCCGCCACGAGCCCCCCACUUCUUCUUCUAGCAAUGCAUCCACUGUCAGUUAUGCCAACCUGAAGUUUAUGGCCACCCAGAUCGCCUCUGGCAUGAAGUACCUCUCCUCUCUUAACUUUGUCCACCGAGACCUCGCCACUCGGAACUGCCUAGUGGGAAAGAAUUAUACCAUCAAGAUUGCAGACUUCGGGAUGAGCAGAAACCUAUACAGCGGUGACUACUACCGCAUCCAGGGCCGGGCAGUGCUCCCUAUCCGCUGGAUGUCCUGGGAGAGCAUCUUGCUGGGCAAAUUCACCACAGCGAGUGACGUGUGGGCCUUUGGGGUGACCCUUUGGGAGACUUUCACCUUUUGCCAGGAGCAGCCCUACUCCCAGCUGUCAGAUGAACAAGUUAUUGAGAAUACUGGAGAGUUCUUCCGAGACCAAGGGAGGCAGACUUACCUCCCUCAGCCUGCCAUUUGCCCUGACUCUGUGUAUAAGCUGAUGCUAAGCUGCUGGAGAAGAGACACCAAGCACCGGCCAUCAUUCCAGGAAAUCCACCUCCUGCUCCUUCAGCAAGGGGUUGAGUGAUGUCAUCACUGCCUUCCUGUCACCUUACAGUCCUGGGACCUCCUCCCAGGAUCCACCACUCCAGCUGGACAUUCAGUGGACCCAAGAGACAAAGGCUCCUUUGCUUUUCUCUCUAUGUCUCUGGUAUCCCUCUACUUCUUAUCCUGACCCAUAUAUACUCAUGUAUUUUUUUUUUUAUAUUAAAGAACUAAAAACAGAAAAAAAAAAAACAACCUAGGACAGAUAAAAAAAAAUCUAGUGAAGAAAUUGCACUUGAUAGACUGGAGUGUUGAACAGAAAAUCUUGCAAAUGAGGUAAUUUAUAAAGGUCACGCUUGUGUUUAUAAAUGUGCAGAUCUGAUAUGACUGUUUUCCAUGUCUCCUUUGAAAAGUUUUUCAGAGAAGAGAAGAAAAACUUGUAGGGUAAUGUCUUAGGAAACAGGAAUUCACACUUGAGGACAGCACCUGGUGACUGUGGACACUUGGGUAGAAUGGUAUUUGCCACUGAGCCCAGAAGGCUGGUUUCCUCAUGGAACUGAGACCUAUACUUUCCUCUCCUAUCAGAGGAGAUGGUCCAGACUUGGGAAAGUUUUCUUUCCUAUUCACCCAUGGACAGCAAUCAGAGUUGAGGUCUCUCAAGCAGCAAUGGAUGUAGGAGGUUGUGUGCAACAAGACUGAAUUGAGAGGAAUUGUGACUUUGCAAUGAAAGCAGCUGAUGUAUGCAUGACUUCUGGGCACAAGGAAAGCAGCUAACUGGGACAGGUCCAAAAUGUGCCACCCCUUUGUUAAAUCUACACAGGGCCCUCCUCAUCCUCCCACUCAGGUGUGUGUGUUUUAGCAUGAACCAGAAUUUGAAUCAGGAAAGGAUGUUGCUGUGGCAGCCCCAGCAGAAUCACCUGUGAGAUCCAUGAAUAUGGGAUUGGAUUUCUCAGAUGUGAACAUCAGAAGACUGUGUCUAAGAGAUCAGAUCUAUUUUGAGUAUUUCGAGGGAAGUUCAGGGAGAUUGAUUUACUCCUGAGAUGGCAUUUGUCACUGAAAGAAGCUAAGAGGUGUAGACUUUCAAACUCAAGAUGGAUGUCUGUAUGAAGUGAUACUGGAUGCCCUUCUGACCCUGACCACUUGAUUCUGCAGAGGCUAAAAUGGAGGGAGGUCAGAUAAGAGAGUCAUCCAACCCACUGCUUUGUGGACACACCAAGAUGUUCUGGAGAAGGUCUGAGAAUAAGAAAGGACUACAGAAGAGAAAGUGUGAGGCUCUGCUUUCAGAAUUUAUGGGGGCUGUCCUAUAGUCCAAAUGAGUCAUUCUCCCCUCCCCCAAAGUGGAUUCUGGAUUUCAAAUUCCAUGAGUCCUGAGUUAGUAGAAGUAGGAGAAGGGAAUCUCUGAUUCCUGUGGAGGGAAGUCAAGCAAAGUUUCCAGAAUGUGGUUUCCAAAUGGAGAAGAAAAAGCCAUGACCCCCUCGGUGAGCAUCAUUUGCUUUCUCUCUGUCCACUCUCUACACGUAGUCUCUGAGAAAGCUGAGUGUUCCCCCUCCGCCUUCAGCCUCACCUCACACAGCAGAAGCAGAAGCCCCAGCCCUCAAUGCUCACUUCACGUGUUCUCCUCUUUCUCGAAGCAGACACCCUCUCCUGACAGUUGUCCUGUACCUCUGGGCUUCCUCAGGAAGAACGCUGGAGGGAUCAUUGGUUUGGAAGGCAGGACAACAUCAAUUCACCCAACCAAGUAUGCCAUCUUGUACAGGCAACUUUGUCUCUCUGAAUGUUUAUUUUGUCAUCUGGGCAGUGAGGACACUGGGGGAGCUGGUCUUGAUGUACCUUUCUGUUCUGGUAUGUUCCUUGUUCUCUGGGUGAUUGGCUCUGUCACUGAUGGAGAGCCAGUGAUCUGGCCAUAUCUUCACAACACUGGUAAGCAGAAGAAUUUAUGCAGGAAGAUAACUGUGGAUUCACAAUGAGACCUACCAGUGUCCAGUGUUGAGUGGAUAUUUCUACAUCUGUGCAAUACUCAGUGUAUGCAGGACCAGGUGUGUUCACUUACUCUGCAAGAACUAACACUUAGCCUUCAACAUCAGUGCUAUUUCAGAGUACUCCGAAGAAGCAGAGCAAUCAGCUACAUGGACUGUAGCCUAUUCCUGCCUAGAGCUGUGAUCUUAUUGGACCUCAGAAUUGACUUGAAUGUUUCUGGGGAGCAAUAAAUCUGCCAUCUGCAGGCUGGAGACCUGGCAAGUGGGUGGUGUGCAGUACUGAGUUUGGGGGGUCAGGGUAGAGAAGGCUGCUGUCCCAGCCCAACCAGGCAGACAGAAGAGCUCCUGUUCUCCUCUCUCAUUUUUCCUCUAUUCAGGCCUUUUGAUACUCUAGAGGCUCCCUGUUGUUUUAUCCAAUCUACUUAUUUAAAUGUUCAUCUCCUCUAGAAAUGCCUCCAAUAAGUCUGUUUAACUGAACACCUUGAAGCUCCAUCAAACAGACACUUAGGAAAGAAAGGCUGGGAGUAAAGGCCACAGCCUCUUCCUUUCACCCACCCACCCCUAGUAAGGCUCUCUCCAGACUGCACUGUGACUUCUUUGGAGGCAAGAGAAACUAAUAUAAUUUCCCCUUCCUUUGCCUAAGUGUUCUCCACUUAUUUCUUCUCACUUCACAAUUAUAUAUAUAUAUAUAUAUAUAUAUAUAUAUAUAUAUAUAUAUAUUCCAUUAAAUAAAAGUAGUGUGCCUGAAUUGCCUUGAUUCAGAGGAGUAAAUCUACUGUGGGCAGUUGCCAAGUGUGUCUUAACCCAUUCAGUUGCCCUUCCUGAGAUGCAAAGUCUUCAGACUUCCAUACUGAUAUAUAAGUGAACAUUAACCUGAUCAGAUGCACAGAGCUUGGCAAAACUGAUCUAAAGACCCUAUAGAGUCCAAGGGGAAUAUUUAGCAUACAGAAUUUAAGAGUAGCUCAGCUCUGAAGCAGGUGAAUAAAGCUAGGACUUACUUAGAAAAGGAGAUGAGGGAAAGGAAGAGAGUUUGUUAGCUCUAUAAGGAAUUGGCCUCUUGGUAAUUUUGUGUGGAAUAGCUCACAUCCAGGUUGUAUUGGGGGUUUGGUGGAUUUGAAUGCAUACUUUCGCUGGUUAAUGUGUCAGCAGCUAGGUCAGAAUCUGAAUGUGCUAUGCAGACAGAAAAGAUCUUGGGAUCCAAGUGAGAAGGCACCAAAAGGAGAGGUAGUUUUUAAUGCUAGAAAAAUUGAAUCCAAAUGUAUAACUCUGUAUAGUGAGCAAUGAUUUUGUGAAGCAGUUUAAACUGACAUGCAUGUAAUGGAUGUAGAGGGGGUGAUGAGGGAAGAGAGGUGAUGGAAAGCAGAGAGUGUGUUAAGAAGGGCUGGGGCAGGGGUUACAAUUAGUGAGAUCAAAGCAAGUGGACUUGUGGAGGGUCUCUUCUGAAAUGUGACAGCAAAUCUCUGGAAAGAGGAGAGAGAGAUCUGUAAAGAAGAGAGAUAUCUCUGAAAAGAGGAGAGAGAGAGAGAGACAGACAGGCAGACAGAAGUGAGGUUUCCUAGAGAUGAAAGAUACAAAGAAAAGAAAUUCCAGAAGAGAGGGAUAACCAAAAUACUAACUUUAAAAAAAGUAGUCAGGCUGGGGCAGGGGUAGAUAGCAUAAUGGUUAUGCAAAGAGACUCUCAUGCCUGAGGCUUCAAAGUCCCAGGUUCAAGCCCCCACACCAACAUAAGGCAGAACUGAGCAGUGCUUUGGUUUAAAAAAAAAAAUGUAGUCAGGUGCAGAGGAUGAGCUAGAAGGGAGCUCUGGAGAGUUUUAAGAAAGGAAGAGUUCCACCAUGAAUAGGAAAACCCAUGGGCAAAGAUCAGAGAAUGAUUUCUCAUUUCUGAGGAGGUGGGAGAAGAAAGCAACUUGAAUCUCUCUUUCUGAUAUGCUUCAGGUCUGGGUUCUCAUGGUGGUGAGAAGAAAUCUACUCUUGGACUUGGUAUCCCAAGUGCCACUUUGGAAACAAAGACCUAGAAAGGAGAGACACAUGGCCAAUCACAGAUCUCAGCUGUACCUGCUUCUGUGAAUAAAACUUGUUUUAAACACUGCUGUGCUCAGAAUGGUCCCAAGGGAAUAAUGAAACAGCAGACUGAAGCUAGAAGAGGCUAGAUCUUGUCUGGUGUGUCUGCACAGGGGCCUGCACCAUGUUGGAGCCAUGUGUCCUUCUUGCCACCAUCCUGACUUCCCACAAAAAAGCUAGGGUGCAGGCCCAGCCAUAUGUUUUGAAUAGAAUAGAACAGAGAGAGGUAAUGAGAUGAAGAUGUUCCAAGCAAAUAUUCUGGAAUCACAUCUGUUUUGCCCCCAAACUAGAAAAAAAAAAAAAAAAAGACAGGAAAAGGCCACAAUUAAGACUUAAAUCAUUCCCAAUGUAGGAUCUGGAAAUCUGUGGUCCUAAAUUGAAAGUAUAGACCUGCAAUUUACCAGGUCAGUGUAUUCAUCACUGAUUCUGACCUCUGGCAGUAAUCAGGUAAAUCCCUAAAUGUUCCUGGAAGUUGUCAUAUAGAUCUAUGCUGUCAUAUAGUUCUGGGUUAAACAUCAACAUUAUUCUAGAAGCAGGUGGAUGACUUUUUCACUCGGCAAAUGUCUCAAUGCUGAAUUGAAAGGGAAAACUUUUAUUAUUAAAUUUGGUGGUUUUAAUAUUUUUUUACUGCCACUAGCAUUAUUUGAGGGGACUUGGUACUUUCUUGAUGAAUCCACCACUCUUGGCAGCAACUUUUUUUGUUGUUGUUUUUGAUAGAGAUAGGGAGAAGUUGAGAUGGAAAGGGGAGACAUAGAGGGAGAGAGGAAAGGAGACACCUGCAGCACUGCAUUACCACUCUUAAAGCUUCCUUUAUGCAAGUGGGGACUGGGAGCUUGAACCUGAGUCAUUGCACAUGGUAACAGGUGUAGUCUACCAGGUGUCCCACUACCUGGACUCUGAUGGGUGAGUUCUUACAUAAUCCUUCCCAAACCCAGACAACUGACAUUGAUACAGUGUGAUUCAUUUAACCACAGACCUUCCCCUAGUUUCACCAGCUUUCUACUUGUACUCAUUCAGUUGCUGGCAUGUGGCCCUGCUUGGAUGCAGUGGGAAAGACACUAUCUAGAUCUGCACAAUUCUAAAGCAAUUGUAAGAAAUGAGUGAAUUCCUUGACCACCUAGAUAGGCUCCCCAUUUCUGACCUACUUCAGUUGUUCAACAUUUGGAACAAUUCCAAAACAACCUAGAAGGAUCAAGCAACAUGAAAGGCAAAUAGACCUUCCCAGAGUUUGCUGGCUAGAAAACUGACCAUAGGAGAAAAUUCUAGUUGGUUCUUACAGGUGAAUAGCAAUUAUGAUGGUGAUAAAGAACAUCAUUGAGAAUAAGUCAUGUGGUCCAGGAGAUGGUGCAAUGGAUAAAGCACUGGACUCUCAAGCAUGAGGUCCUGAGUUUAAUCCCCAGCAGCACAUGUAUCAAAGUGAUGUCUGUUUCUUUCUGUCUCCCCUCCUAUAUUCUCAAUAAUGAAUAAAAUCUUUAAAGAGAGAGAGAGAAUGAGAAUAAGUCAUUAUUUGGAAGCAGAACUAGGUUGCAUUUCACACAGGAACUUGUGCAAAGAGUAGAGUGCAAUGGCAAAGUUCCUGAACAUGUGGCAGAUCACUCUUUUCAUAGAAGUAGAUAACUUGUAUUUUCCUAAAUAUCUGCUCUUAAAAGGGCUAACAACCACAAGACCAAACAAAAUGCAAACACAAAUUUAUUUUUGUGUGACAUGACAGUUUUGUGAUAGCAUUUGAAAGAUGCCCUCUACGAGACCACAAAAUGUUGACCACAGGUCCUGUAGCAUGUCUUGAUAAAUAUUUGUUGAAUGUUGUUUUGGGGUGAAGAAAAGAUAAAAUGAGAUGAUUGUUACCUAGGCAAUUUUUGGAAGAGAAAGAAUCAAGGGAAAAUGAAUUUGCUGUAGAGUAGAGGCUUUAUCUUUCAAAUGAAAAAUGAGGGGAGGAACAGGAAAGUGUACCUGAGAAAUUCAUAUUCCAUGUGUGUUUUCUUUCUGAUGGUAGAAUUUAUCUACGUAAAUAUCUUAGUAAGUGUCUCUGAGAUUCUCAGACAACCAUGCAAGGAGGAGCAAGGACCAGACUCUGACCCCAAGCCCAGCCCAUUCCAACCCAGUUUUCAGCUACCUGUUAGUGACUUCUUGGGCCUCCCAAGACAAAGGAGCUAGCAAGAAGGAGAGCUUAGCCACACUCACAAUGGCACAAAGAGGAAGUAUGUACAGUGACUCUGGAGAGACCACUGUGGGAUAAGAAGCCUCUGAAAAAAAUAGGCUUAAAAAACCUUGAAAAUUUGGAGGAUUUCCUGUAAACACACGGAGAGAUCAUGAUAUAGCCUACCCAAUGUAAGCUGUUCACUAUUUACAGUGUCUGAUUAUGUUCUGUUGCUUGGUAGCUUUUCCCCAGAACUGAGCAUCUGAAGCAAUAUGGCGCUGGCUUCCUCCAGGAGGAAACAUUCAGGCCUUGUUUGUUCUGCAGGCUCUGCAGGGCAACAUGUCUCAUCAAAGGGUCAGUAGGCAGCCUGACUUAAUUUCUGCUUACCUGUCAUAGGAUAUGUACAAGUUCCCUGCAUUAGAAAAAGAAAAAAAUACCAAUUGUAUAUUUUCUUGCCUUUAUUUAUUCUCUGUAUGUCAGAUGAGAAUUGUAAAUAAUAACAAUUAAAGAAACAUGCUGCUGA